GGGUUUAGAGCGAGACGGUAGUCGUGCUGGAGAUCGAGACGACCAAGGAGAACCAAAACAUUGAAAGAAGACGAGCAAGAUUCAGAAGACCACGAAAGGAAAACGUUAAUUUGAAGCCGAGCUUGGAACGAUGUCCUGGUUAUCCGUUAUCGGUGGUGCUGCCACCUCGUUACUUUCCAAGGGAGGAGGGAUACCCAACCUACCUGGGUUCGGACUAGGAAACAAGGAGAGCAACUUCGAAGGACAAACCAUCUGGACGCAGUACGACGGGAUCAAGAGGGACGAUAACUCGAGCGUAUCCAUCUUCGUCCUCGAUAUCGCCAACGCCAACCAACUCAACUCCAACCCUUUCAUCGGCUCCAAGGAUAGAAAAUUGCUGUUGGGAUUCGCUAAGAACUCGCUCAAGAAAUUGAGAUCUCUUAGGCACCCGGAUAUCCUGAAAUUCAUCGAUGGCACCGAGACGGACUCUGCCGUUUAUAUCAUCACCGAGAAGGUUUCUAGCCUUUCGGUCAAAUUGGACCAACUCAAGAUGUCCAACCAGACGACAGUCGAAUGGAAAAUCUGGGGCCUCAGUCGAAUCGUGUCAGCCUUGAAAUUUUUGAAUGGUCCUGGUGCAUCCACCCAUGGAAACCUCAGACUCACCUCGGUCUUUAUCACUCAAUCUGGGGAAUGGAAGCUAUCUGGUUUUGAGGUCUUGAGUAGUCCGAAAGACCCUCAACCCAUCCUCUACACUCUUGGCGGAUUGUUUCCAGAAUCUGCCCGGUAUGCCAGUCCUGAGUUAAUGAAAACAGGCUACGAAGUGUUGAAAGAUCUAGAUCCGUCAUGUUUGGACUCAUACCAGUUAUAUCUAUUAAUCCAGACGCUAUUCAACAAUCUCCCGCCGAGUGCCGAUGUAAGUUCCCAACAACGCGGGAGCAUCCCACCGGCGCUAUUCUCGGCAGCCCGUCGCUUGGCAUCAGUAAACCCCAAGAGCAGGUUGAAGGCCGAAGCGUUUUGGGAAGUAGGAUUUGGGAGCGGCGAGGGUGGGGGCGGGGUCGCCGGUGCGUUCUUCAGGGAGAAUCGGCUGAUCAAGGUGUGCAACGGCCUUGAAGGCUUCUCGCUGGCCAGUCAGGGCGAACGGGCCUCGCUGGUCAAAUCUAUCAAAGACUCCGCCGAAUCUCUACCACCCGAAUUCUUAAAGUUUAGAGUUUUGCCUUCUCUUGUACAAUCUUUCGAUCAUGGUGCAGAUGGUCCGACACUCCUACCGCUUGCGAUUUCCAUCUCCUCUUCACUAUCGCCAGCCGAAUUCUCGACGAUUGUUCUCCAGUCCCUGAUCAAGAUCUUUGCCAGUCCUGACCGGGCAAUCAGAUUAUCACUACUCGAGCUGUUGCCCCAUUAUGUAGAUCAUCUGGACAGAUCAGUCGUCGUUGAAAAAAUUUGGCCUAGCUUGCUCACUGGGUUCACUGAUACUGUCCCGAUCAUCAGGGAAGCAACCGUAAAAAGCGUCUUAUUACUGGCCCCAAAACUUUCUGAACGGAUCUUGAACAACGAUUUACUGCGUCAUUUAGCAAAGACGCAAAUGGAUGUAGAGCCAGGCAUUCGAACCAACACGUGUAUCCUUCUAGGCCGUCUAUCGAAAUCACUAACGCUGUCGACCUGUCGCAAGGUGCUUGUGCCAGCGUUUACUCGAAGCGUCCGCGACCCGUUUACCCCCGCACGGAUAGCGGGACUGAUGGCACUGAUGGCCACAGUCGAGUACUACGAGCCAGAAGAUCUGGUUGGAAAAGUGAUCCCCGGAAUGGCGGUCUGUUUGAUCGAUAAGGAGAAGACGGUCAGGGACCAAGCGUUCAAGGCUUUAGACAUGUUCCUCGAGCGCGUCAGGAAGGCCGCCUCCGAAAUGCCUGAAAGCGAUACUGCUCCAGCCUCUUUAGGUGAUACAGUCAACAGCGCCAUCUCCUCAUCGCAGCCUGGGAUGGCCAUGAACGCUACUGGCGCAGCGGGUGCCUUGGCCAGCUGGGCCUUCAGCUCAGUGAGUCGCAAGCUGACGUCGAAUGAGCUUGCCUCCCCGGAACCCAAGAUACUGGGCGCGUCGCCCAGCGGUAAUUCCGCAACAUCAAACUCGACCUCGUCUCACGCACAGCUGCCGGUCCCCCCGACAAACCUGGCAAGGGCAGACUCGUUCGGCUUGGUGAGCGCGUUUACGGUUGGGAGCGAGCAGGCUCCAAAAGAGAGUGGGGUGUCGCAGGACUGGGGAGGCGAUCUAAUGAACGUGGAAGCCGAUGCAGACGACUGGUCGACCUUCGAGACCGGGCCUGCGGUCCACGAACCCAGCUUCACACCGCUACCAUCGAAGAUCAAGCUUGGCGUUCAGGCCACGAACAAGGCUCAAAAAGGGGCCCCAUCCGGGAGCACGGGAAGCCGGAUGAAGCUGGGACAAGCAACACGAGGUGGCCUGUCGGGGUUAAAGGGCAAGCCGCCCAGCACGUCGGCCUCACUAGUUGCCGCAUUGGAGGCCGACAACGAACUCGACAGCGCCGGCUGGGGCGUGACUGGAGAGGAGGACGGAGAGCCUAAGCAGGAGGAGUCGUGGAACAACACCCCGUUCGAAGAAGAUUGUCCGUCGUCUGCGCCUCCCAAGAACACCCCCGACCUCUCUUCCGCUUCCUCUAAAGAGUCCAAAGCUGCCCAUAUGGCUAGGAUGAAGGAAGAACGAAGAGCUAAAAUGGCCGCGCUCAAGGCUAAAAAGGCCUCCGCAUCAACAACCACAGGCUGAGACUUUUUCUCAACUAUCAUCAUAGCUCCAUUGGUUGUUUUUUUCGCUUUUUUCUUUUUCUUUUGUGUUUCCAGGUUAACCUGGAACUUUUUUUUUUAACUUUUGCACUGGUUUUUCAUGUCAAAUAUUUCAGGGUGGUUCCAUCAACCCUCUUGCCUUUUUCUAAUCUGGAUAAACGCAUGUCCAUGUUCAA